CGCCGUUAAAGGGGCCGCGGCCUCCGCAUGGGCCGCGCGCUUUGCCGGGGCUGCGUGGCCCUGGCCGCGCUGGCCGCCCUGCUGCUGCUGCCCCGGCCCCGCGCCCCGCCGGCCGCCCGCCGCCCCGCGCCCCGCCUGCACCCCGAGGACGUCUUCAUCGCCGUCAAGACCACCCGGCGCAACCACGCAGGCCGCCUGCGGCUGCUGCUGCGGACCUGGAUCUCCAGGGCACGGCCGCAGACCUUCAUCUUCACCGAUGGCGACGACCCCGAGCUCCAGAGGCAGGCAGGUGACCGUGUCAUCAACACCAACUGCUCGGCCGUGCGCACCCGCCAGGCAUUGUGCUGCAAGAUGGCGGUGGAGUACGACAAGUUCCUGGAGUCGGGGCGCAAGUGGUUCUGUCAUGUGGACGAUGACAACUACGUGAACCCAGAGGGUCUGCUACGCUUGCUGGCCUCCUUCUCCCCCAGUCAGGACAUCUACCUGGGGCGGCCCAGCCUGGACCACCCCAUCGAGGCCACCGAGAGGGCCCAGGGGGGUGGCACGGUGACCACGGUCAAGUUCUGGUUCGCCACUGGAGGAGCCGGCUUCUGCCUCAGCAGGGGCCUCGCCCUUAAGAUGAGCCCCUGGGCCAGCCUGGGCAGCUUCAUGAACACAGCCGAGCGGGUGCGGCUGCCGGAUGACUGCACGGUGGGCUACAUCGUGGAGGGGCUGCUGGGAGCACGCCUCACCCACAGCCUCCUCUUCCACUCCCACCUGGAGAACCUGUGGAGGCUGCCCCCCGACGCCCUGCCUCAGCAGGUCACCCUGAGCUACGGGGGCCCCGAGAACCCACACAACGUGGUGAACGUGGCUGGGGGCUUCAGCCUGCAGCAGGACCCCACGAGGUUCCAGUCUGUCCACUGCCUGCUCUACCCGGACACAGACUGGUGUCCCCGCCAGCCCCAGCUCAGCCUCGUGUCUCAGUGACCCUGGCCGUGGCCUCCCCCCAGCCUCUGUGGGCUCACUGAGCUGCCAGGCCUGCGGCCCCACGCUCCGCUCCCCGGCGGGCUCCCUGGACGGCAAGACAGUGGGCGCUGGGCGCCACCACCCCAAGACCUAGAGAAGGCUAGGCCGCCAGGGCGCUGGCCGCUGCCCCCACAGCCCAGCCCCACAUCCCAGCUGUGCCUCAGGCAGGCCCUGGGGGCCGGCCUCACCAU